UCUUGUUGUGGAAAAAGUGCGGAGAGGUUCCGUGGAUGCGUGCGCCUGGGUUCGGUGUUUACUCGGAGGGGAAACGAGGAGGAUUGUGUGGCGCUGGAGAUCUCCGGUUUCACCCCCACAAACAAUAGUCUGGAGGACGCGAUGGUCGCCUUUUCUCCAGAACCACAGGGAAGUUUAGGAUCCUCACCGGCCCCUAUUGUUCUGGGGGAGGCCACGUAGCUCUGCGUGCUGAUUCUAACCCAGCAGAGGACGGGAUCUGGGUUUAUUAGGACCGGAACGAGGAUGCGCCUGGAGGGAAUGAGCGCGUCCGCUCUGGUUGUAGGCCGACGGGUUUGAAUUUUCCUCCAGCGCGUCCAUUCAUUUCCAGAGGGCGUCCCGUUCUGGACUCAGGGAAAGAAAGGGACCGAGCAUUUGGAUCAGUCGGCUUCAGGACGCCACCAAAGGGGCCUAGAGGAGUGCUCUAUUGUCCCUCCUUUCCCCCUCAUUUUAUAGCUCCCACAACUCUUUAUACUGACCUUAAUUCGGCUGGUGGUCUUCAUAAUCUCAACUACUUCAUCUCUCCCCCCGCUGUGACGCUCCUACCCAUCAUCCUCUCCCAAUCCCUCUUCCUCCUCUCUGCAGCCUCCCCCCUGCUCUCCCACCUGCCCCCUUCUCUGUCCCCCAUCGUCAUCAGCCUCCAAGAUAGAUUCCCUCAGGAGCAAGGUUGAUCUGCUCAAGCUGCCUCUGGCCCUGUCCACCAAGUCCAUCUCCGAGCGCAAAAGCCAGCUGGGAGGAGCCGGCGAGCGGCGCAGCACGGGUGGAGGAGGCGGGGCUCGUACAGCCCGCUCACCGCCGACCCGAGACAUGGACAACGAGUCGCAGUACUCGGGCUACUCAUACAAGUCGUCUCAUUCCCGAAGCUCCCGAAAGCACAGGGACCGAAGGGACCGGCACCGCUCCAAGAGCAGAGACAGCAGCAGCCGUGGAGACAAAUCAGUCACCAUCCAGACGCCUGGAGAGCCGCUGCUAGAUGCAGAGUCGACCCGAGGAGAUGACAGGGAUGAUAACUGGGGAGAGACCACCACUGUCGUCACAGGCACUUCCGAGCACAGCAUCUCAAACGAGGACCUCACACGAGUCACCAAAGAUUUGGAGGAGUCAACACCGUUGGAGUGCAAACGCUUCAUCGGCCCGGCGCUCGGAGGCUGCCUGAGCUUCUUCGCUCUGGUCACGCCUCUAGCCUUCCUCAUCCUCCCGCAGGUCCUGUGGCGAGACGCCCUCGAGCCCUGUGGGACUCCCUGCGAAGGCCUUUACGUCUCUCUCGCCUUCAAGCUUCUGGUCCUGCUCAUCUCCUCCUGGGCGCUGUUCCUCCGCCCGCCCCGAGCCACCAUCCCACGUUUCUUUGUCUUCCGCUGCCUACUGAUGGUGCUGGUGUUCCUGUUCGUGGCGUCGUACUGGCUCUUCUACGGUGUUCGGGUGCUGGAGCCCAGAGAGAGGGACUACAGGGGGAUUGUGGAGUAUGCCGCCUCACUGGUUGACGCCCUGCUCUUCAUCCAGUACCUGGCUCUGGUGCUGCUCGAGGUCCGACACCUGCAGCCGGCUUUUUGCCUUAAGGUGGUCCGGAGUACGGAUGGAGCCAGCAAGUUUUACAACGUGGGUCAUCUUAGCAUCCAGCGAGCUGCGGUCUGGGUGUUGGACCGGUAUUACAGCGACUUCUCCGUCUACAACCCUGCUGUGGUCAACCUUCCGAAGUCCAUCCUGUCUAAGAAGAUGACAGGGUUCAAGGUUUACUCCCUGGAUGAAAGCUCCACCAAUAACUCCACGGGCCAAUCGAGGGCCAUGAUCGCAGCGGCUGCCAGGAGGAGGGACAACUCCCACAACGAGUAUUACUACGAGGAGGCGGAGAUGGAGCGCAGGAUCCGCAAGCGCAAAGCCAGGCUGGUUGUAGCUGUAGAAGAGGCCUUCACGCACAUCAAGCGUCUCCACGACGACGAGGUGGCUUCGUCUCCCAAACACCCCAGAGAGGUGAUGGACCCUAGGGAAGCUGCCCAGGCGAUCUUCGCCCCAAUGGCCCGGGCCAUGCAGAAGUACCUGAGGACCACACGGCAGCAGGCCUUCCACAGCAUGGAGAGCAUCCUCACACACCUGCAGUUCUGCAUCACUCACAACAUGGCGCCCAAGGCUUUCCUGGAGCGAUACCUGACCCCAGGCCCCACCAUGCAGUACCAGCAGCAGAGUGGCAGGGGGCGCCAGUGGACUUUGGUAAGCGAGGAGCCCGUCACCUCGGGCCUUCGGCAGGGUCUGGUCUUCUCCCUGCGGCGCCUGGACUUCUCUCUGGUCGUCACAGUAACACCGCUUCCUUUCCUGCGGCUCGGGGAGGAGUUCAUCGACCCAAAGAGCCACAAGUUCGUCAUGCGGCUGCAGUCGGAGACCUCGGUGUGAAAGCAGCAGAUGAAUCUUUUUUUUUUUUUUUCUGUUAUCCUGCAGCUCGCUCCUCUUGGAUGUGACAGGACACUUUAUUGUCAUCCAAUUAUACUCCCCCUCUUCUAUGACGGAAACCAAUCAAAGGGAGGAGCGCAGCUUCUCUGAUCAUCAAACUGUGAUUGGCUCUAUGAUUGUUCCAAAAUAAGCGGAUGCCUUUUGGCCACCAGUGUUUUCUUUUUCAAAAUGUUUGUCUCUUGUUUUGCUUUGACCAAUGAACUCCAGUGGUGUGAUGACACAUCACACGAACACAAGAGGAAGGAAGAGAUUAUGUCACAUCCUGUCUCUCUCUAUCUGCAUCUCUCUGGUGGUGAUGUUUCCUCUGUCACCACAUGGACCUGCUUUUAUAUGAGAGCAAGUGGCUUUUAUUGUUUUAACCUACAGAAUGUAGCAUUCAUUAUGUGCUGUGAGUUGAUGUCUGUCUUUGGCCUUUUAAAAAUGUCACUACUUGGAUCAGUUUAAGCGCAGAGACGGGACAUUUUCAGCUGGCAUUAACAUGCAAUGUUGCAGCUAAUUUGGAUGCACAAGUCUGACGAAUUUUCUCAGUGCCAACAAAUCUAGUGAGAUGAACUGGGAAUACCCAAAUCUAUUAACAGUUAAAGCUUAAACAUGGUACAAAAUGUAAUUUGCUACGCAUUGCUCUGACAAAUGGUUAUUUUAAGCUGAUGAGUAUCAAUUCUAAGUAUUUUUGGCGGUAGGAUUCUGAGGUGAACCCUGCCAAAAAUAAACCGAACCCUCUGACUCAGUGCAUCUUUAUCUCUUUGAGGGUAAAUGUGUGUAAUUUAAGUUGUUAAAUUACCUGUUUUUGGCCAUAAUAAGCUCAUUUUGGACAAUAUGACACAUAAACGGUUUCCUCAGGCUUGUCCUUUAACGCACACUCAAGAUGGCCUUGAUGCUCGACUGUCAGCAGGAUUUUAUUGGCAGAGUCAUUGGAGAAAAAUGCACAAAGCUUCUGCAGGCUUUGCGAUUUUAUUAGCAUAAGAAUAAAAAUCAGGGUCCCUCUCUGCUCUUCAACAAUAUUUGGCCACAGGCUCCCUGAUACUAAUCUAAGCCCCUAAAAAAAGAAGAAUAAGUUUGAUUUAACAAUUAAAUGUGGUUUGUCUUAAUGGUUUACAGUUAGGUUUAGUGGUCAGGUCUUCACAGCAAGUGUUACAGAGCACACGUGAAUCAGAACAGUCCGGAGAACCAGAGUGCCUGCAGCUAGGUGCUGCCUGCAGCUUUGCCUGAGCCUUCAGCAGGACACUUGUUGUAACAACCAUUCCUGGUUCCCCGCCCUCAGAUUGAGUCCUGUUACUGUCAUUGCGUAUGUCCUAAAAAGCUAUUCUUAAGAGCUAAACUUAUUCAGUUAUGAUGCAAACAGGAGUUCAGGCCUGAUUCAGAGGAAAAGCUAAUUCUGGGCAGGGUUUUUUGAAGGUAUUUUGGCUAUUUAAAAGGAAAAAACAACUGAUAAUUGACAGGUUUACCAGUCAAUUAUCAGUUUAGUAAUGUUUUACCAAAUUUAAUGUUCAGAGAUGCUAAAAUUGACCUUUUAGAAACUUGAUAUUACUUUUUUCAACAUUUUAUCCAUAAUGUCGGAUCCUCAACUAACCAAAAAAUAAUAAUAAAGUAUAAAUUCAGGAAGAUUAGGAAGACGCAACACUGAUUUAACAGAUCAUUUGAAGCAAACACACAAACAUUAAGUGUGUGAAUCUUUUAUUAAAAAGUCUCCAGCAAAGAUUUCAGUUUUCCGAAAUGGUUUAGCUUAUCUAGCGGGUAUCAAUAGUUUUUUAUUUUUAUUUUUCUAAAAAAGUGGAAACUACUGGUUUUUUUUUUUCUCAGUGUAGUUCCAGUUGUAAGUGUAAGUCUACGACCUUACAAUAGAUAAAUGUCCCAAACCAGACGUGCGAUUGUAACUCCUCUGAUCACCUCCUCGCCUUGUGCCGCUUCAGUCGGACCUUUACUCUGCCUUCUCUCUGCAGACGUGGAAGAUCUGCAGGAGGCUGCUCUUUCUGCAGAUGCCGACACUCCAACUGUUCAGCCACAGUCCAACUCUUUGCCUUUUCUGUCAAGUUUUCGAAUUAAGCAAAAAAAAAAACGUCUCAUAUAAACUCUUAAGUUUCAUAUGAGCAAUCCUGAUUUUGUUUUUUUAAGAAAAGCAUGAAAAUAGUUAUUUUGGGCUCAAAUUUUUUAUUUUGAAAACUAACUUUUGUAUCAUUUUGAGGUGCCUAAGUUAUGAUGCAAUUUUCUGAAUGAUUUUACUUAAAUGCAAAAAGAAAUAAGUGACUUGUAAAGGACAAAAAAUGUAGCUUUAUGUUUUCAUUUUUUGGUAACAGUAGAUGGUAAAGUGUUUUAGACCUUUUUCUAUUAUUAAACCAUUUAUUCCUAAUA